CGCCCCCAGCCCCGGCAGGGAGGCGAUGGCGGACGCCAGGCAGAUGUGAGAAGCAUCGAGCCGCGCCCUGCGGACCGACAGACAGACAGGCCGGCAGAGGUCGGGCGGGGCCGGUACCCGCGGGUCCCGGGCGGAGCGCGGAGAGGGGGGCGGGCGGGCGGCGAGAAGGGGAAGGAAGCGGAGGUGCCGGCGGGGCGCGGGGCGCGGGCAGGAAGCGGGGAGGGGCGCGGGGCGGGGGCCUCCGGAAAAACGCCCCAACUUCCUGCCCCGCCAGAGCCAGGAAGCGGGAGCCGGGAGCCAGGGCCCGGGAUCGCCGAGCCCGACCUCGGGCGCCCCGCCGGUCACCUCCCCGCGCGGACACCAGCCCUGCAGAGCCCAUGGAGGCCGAGGACGUCGCCCGAGGGGCGGCCCCAGGGCCCCCCCGGCCUGGCCCAGUGCCCGUCACCAUCAUCGGGGCUGAGGACGAGGAUUUUGAGAAUGAGCUGGAGACGAACACAGAGGAACAAAACAGCCAGUUCCAGAGCCUGGAGCAGGUGAAGCGGCGCCCAGUCCACCUCAUGGCCCUCCUGCAGCACGUGGCCCUGCAGUUCGACCCGGGACCCCUGCUCUGCUGCCUGCACGCGGACAUGCUGGGCUCGCUGGGCCCCAAGGAGGCCAAGAAGGCCUUCAUCGACUUCUACCACAGCUUCCUGGACAAGACCGCGGUUCUGCGGGUGGUCGUCCCUCCCACCGUCUCCUUUGAACUUGACCGCACAAGGCCUGACCUCUUGUCUGAGGACGUCCAGCGGCAGUUCGUGCAGGAGGUGGUGCAGAGCCAGCAGGAGGCCGUCAGCCGUCAGCUGGAGGACUUCCGCUCCAAGCGGCUCAUGGGCAUGACGCCCUCCGAGCAGGAGCUGUCCCAGCUGGAGGCCUGGGUUGGGCGGGACCGUGCCAGCUUCGAGGCCCGGGAGCGGCAUGUGGCGGAGCAGCUGCUGAACCACCUGGAGGAGAUGCAACACACCAUCUCUACGGAUGAGGAAAAGAGUGCCGCUGUGGUCAGCGCCAUCAGCCUAUACAUGCGCCACCUUGGAGUGCGGACCAAGAGCGGGGACAAGAAGUCAGGGAGGAAUUUCUUCCGAAAAAAGGUGAUGGGGAACAAGCGGUCAGACGAGCCUACCAAGACCAAGAAAGGACUGAGCAGCUUCCUAGAUGCCGCCCGCUGGAACCGAGUUGAGCCCCAGGUCCCAGACAUGCGACACCUCAAAAACGAGACUAACGUUGAGAAGCUAGGCCUUACAGAGCGGAAGGGAGGCCUGGGGGCGCCCUCCCGGGACCGGAAUGUCGGGGCUCCUGGGCAAGAUACCCCUGGAGUUUCUCUGCACCCUCUGUCCGGGGAUAGCCCCAACCGGGAAUCAGGUGUUGAUGGCCCACUGGAGCUGGGGGACCCGCCCUCGCAGGGCCCCGCCAGCCUGGAGCUCCCAGCGCCCCCAGAGAGCACUGAGGAGGGUGCUGAUACAGAGAGAAAGUGGAAGAGGCUACCGGGGCGUCUGGGGCGCUCGGAGAGCCUGCGGGUGAGUGACCGCCGCCGGCCUUCCCGGGGCAGCCUCGGGGCUAAGGGCCGGGGUGGGGGCCGCUCCCGGAGUGACGUGGACAUGGACCCCAGCUCUGCCACGGCCGUGCUUGGCCCUGCCCGACGAGCCACCCCUGAGCCGGGAGAUGAGGGGGAGCCAGGGCGGUCAGGACUGGAGCUGGAACCAGAAGAGCCCCCGGGCUGGCGGGAGCUCAUCCUUCCAGACACCCUGCACAGCCUGCCCAAGAGCCAGGUGAAGCGGCAGGAGGUCAUCAGCGAGCUGCUGGUGACAGAGGCAGCCCAUGUGCGCAUGCUCCGGGUGCUGCAUGACCUCUUCUACCAGCCCAUGGUGGACGGGGGCUUCUUCCCCGUGGAGGAGCUACAGAACAUCUUCCCCAGCCUGGACGAGCUCAUCGAGGUGCAUUCCCUGUUCCUCGAUUGCCUGAUGAAGCGGAGGCAGGACAGUGGCCCCGUCAUUGAGGAGAUCGGAGACGUACUGCUGGCCCGGUUUGAUGGUGCUGAGGGCUCCUGGUUCCAGAAAAUCUCCUCCCGCUUCUGCAGCCGCCAGUCGUUUGCCUUAGAGCAGCUCAAAGCUAAACAGCGCAAGGAGCCUCGGUUCUCUGCCUUCGUGCAGGAGGCCGAGAGCCGCCCACGGUGCCGCCGCCUGCAGCUGAAGGACAUGAUCCCCACGGAGAUGCAGCGUCUGACCAAGUAUCCCCUGCUCCUGCAGAGCAUCGGGCAGAACACAGAAGAGCCCGCGGAACGGGAGAAAGUGGAGCUGGCAGCUGAGUGCUGCCGGGAAAUUCUGCACCAUGUCAACCAAGCUGUGCGCGACAUGGAGGACCUGCUGCGGCUCAAGGAUUAUCAGCGGCGCCUGGACUUGUCCCACCUGCGGCAGAGCAGCGACCCCAUGCUGAGCGAGUUCAAGAACCUGGACAUCACCAAGAAGAGGUUGAUCCAUGAGGGCCCACUGACGUGGCGGGUGACAAAGGACAAGGCCGUGGAGGUCCAUGUGCUGCUGCUGGAUGACCUGCUGCUGCUGCUCCAGCGCCAGGACGAGCGGCUGCUGCUCAAGUCGCACAGCCGGACGCUGACGCCCACACCCGACGGCAAGACCAUGCUGCGGCCGGUGCUGCGGCUCACCUCCGCCAUGACCCGUGAGGUGGCCACUGAUCACAAAGCCUUCUAUGUCAUCUUUACCUGGGACCAGGAGGCUCAGAUAUAUGAGCUGGUGGCGCAGACGGUGUCGGAACGGAAGAACUGGUGUAACCUUAUCACUGAAACCGCCGGAUCCCUCAAGGUCCCUGCCCCUGCUUCCCGUCACAAACCCCGGCCCAGCCCAAUCAGCACCCGUGAACCCCUGCUCAGCAGCUCCGAGAACGGCAACUGUGGCCGUGAGAUGCCCCCGGCUGAUGGCCGAAUGGAGAGACUCCUCAGCGCCCUGCUGCCCUUCAGCAGACUCGGCCCUGAGGGCCAGCUCGCUGCCAAGGCCCUUGGGAAAGGAGGUGGAGGAGGAAUUUUGUCGCCUACGAGUCCUCCUGUCUCAGCUCGGGGAGAACACUGUCCCCCAGCCUGGCUGUACCUGAGGCUCCCUGCCUCAGGCAGGCCUUUUGCAAGAAGGAGAGGACGGGAGGGCCACCCCCUACCGCACAGCUGCCGCAGCAUCUCCAACCCCAAGGGCCUGAGGAGAGGGAGCCGGGCGUCCGGGGCCACGCCUGGGGGGCCCCCACUGGGAUCAGCGCCCCCCAACCUCGCGUUGGCCUCAGCCUUCUCUCCCUCCUGCCUUCUACUUGGGGGACUCAGGGCUUCAUUCCAAGGGGGCACCACGGUGACCCCCAUUUCCCGGGCCAUCUCAGUAUUGCCUGGGGGGGCCACCCCCCACCCCCAAGUGCCUUUGCUCUGUUUUUAUACCCUGAAUUGGAGGUUUAUUUUUUAAUAUAUAUUAUCUAAGAAGA